AUGUCUCCCUUUUCAGGGGACGGUGUGCUAUGGCUCUGCUUAGGUGUUUCACUGUUCUUCGCUGUCCGCGGUAUCGCCACAGACCUCCGUCAUGUCGUCGAUCUGACAGAAAUCAAACAAGUCGAGAACGAUGACAAGAUUAUAAGCGAGGGGACGGAAGAAGCUCUCAAGCUAGACACUCUCUUAAAGCUUUCUCAAAGCACAAGUCAUGACCUCCGAGCUGCAGCUUUACGAAUUAUAUCCGAAAGAUCUACCAAGGGUGAUACCCGCGAUCUUCUACUGGAACAACUUGCAUCUAAACACAAAAUCUCCCAGGGCCGAGCUUUGAAUGCGUUGAACUUCCUAGUUUCCAACCGAGCUCAGAACGUCCCAGAAGCGCUGGAAGCGGGGAUUAUCAGCCGAUGGCUUUGCAAGUAUCCUUUCCCAUGUGCGCAGGCCGACCCUUCUCGUCGACGGGACGUGGUAAUUCUUAUGAAAACAUGGUGGUCAGAUGAUGCAGUCAUGAGCUCGAUCUUCAGCACUCUUUCGUCACAUCCGGACGGGAUCAAGCAGCUCCGGAAGUAUGGAUUGAUGGGCAGCAUGAUCGAAGAAAAUGACCAGGACGAUGAGGACGAUGAUGCAGAUAGCGAUGUUUGGAUGGUGGAUGCGGAUGAGGCGGGGGGCACAUUUGGACGCUCUUCGCGUAGGCUCCAAGAAGGGACUCCAAGAGAACAAGCACUUCGCCGGCGAAGAAGAGAGGCUAUGGUCUUGAGCGACGGUGGACGGCCUCUUGGAAAUGACGAUAUCAUUCAGCGACCGAUUGAAUGA